AUGAGCCCAUUCUACAUUGUUUUUGGGAAGCCUUGUCAUCUUCUAGUUGAAAUCCAAAACAAGGCAUAUUGGGCGGUGAAACAGUGUAAUCCGGAUUUAAAGGGAGCGGGAGUGGAACAUAAGCUCCAAUUGGAGGAGUUAGAAUGUCUUAGUCUAAAAGCAUAUGAAAAUUCUAGGUUUUAUAAGGAAAAAGUCAAGACACUCCAAGACCAGAAUUUUAGGAGGAAGAGCUUUAAGACAGGUGAUGAGGUGCUUGUUUACAACUCAGGGUUAUGGUUAAUACCCAGAAAGUUGAAAUCUAGAUUGGAUGGUCCGUUCAAAGUGGUGGAUGUCAAGCCUUAUCGGGUGGUUGAGGUGGUUCACCCUAUCAAUGGAACUACAUUCAGAAUCAACGGUCAUAGAGUAAAACUUUACCACACACAACCCAAGCAUGCCAAUGAGUUGGAGAUUUUCUUCCUUGGAGAGGUUCCAAAUGCCUAA